AGAGGUGCAGGCUGACAGACACAGGGCAGAUCUGAGCUCUUCAGUCCGUGUACACCCAGAGAUGUCGGAUUCCCCGGACACCCGCAGCCUGCUCUCUGCCUCCUCCCAGCUUAACCUGAUGGAGGUGGACACGAUCGAUGAUAAGGAGUUUGACAUUCCCCAAGUGGACACACCUCCCACACUGGAGAGCAUCCUUAAUGAGCUGGACGAUGAGGAGGAGCCCUUUAUGUUGGAAGACACAUGCACACUGAGCACAGACAACAUGGAUGCUCAUUCCUGUGACACAUCUUCUCUGGCCAGUUCUGACAGUGGAGACCCUGCACAUCUCAAACGAAAAAGGAGGAUGGUGGAUCUAAAUGCAACAGUUCAUGGGUCUGUUCUUCGACACAGCCUGCUGAAGGGAAUCUCUGCACAAAUCGUCUCAGCUGCUGACAAAGUGGAUGCUGGACUGCCAACUGCUAUAACAGUGUCGGGUGUGAUCGCUGUGGGGACGUCUCAUGGUCUGGCUCUGGUUUUUGAUACCAACCAGGCCCUGCGACUCUGCCUGGGCACCAAGACAACUGGGGCAGAGUUUGGAGCUGUCUCCGCCCUCAGCAUCAAUCACGAUUGCUCACGGCUUCUCUGUGGAUUUGCCAAAGGACAGAUUACAAUGUGGGAUCUAGCCAAUGGGAAACUUCUGAGAACUAUCACCGAUGCCCAUCCUCCAGGGACAGCUAUACUGCAUGUUAAGUUCACAGAUGACCCAACUCUUGCAGUGUGCAAUGACAGUGGAGGAUCAGUGUUUGAGCUGGCCUUCAGGAGAGUAAUGGGGAUGCGCACCUGUGACUCUCGAUGUCUCUUCAGUGGAUCUAAAGGGGAGGUCUGCUGUAUUGAGCCUCUGCGUGCUCCUCCAGACUUCAGAGACCAUCCCAUCACACACUACUCUCUACUGGCCAUGGCCUCUCUCACUAAAAUUUUGGUCAUUGGCCUGAAGCCCACCCUGAAAGUCUGGAUGACUUUUCCCUACAGCAAGUCGGAUCCAUCCAGCGUUCCUCAGCUGGCCUGGCAGUUUGUUCCUGUUCAGAAGACAGUCAACCCUAUCCUGGCUUUUUGUAAAGGAGACACCGUCCACUUCCUGCUGGUUAAAAAGGAGGAGACGGGGACCAUCCAUGUCAUCAAACAAAGACAACUCCACCUCAGCUGUGACAUCAUCAGCCUGAGUUGGAUCAACAGUCGCACACUGGUCCUGGUAGACAGCCAUGAAAAGCUGCACGUUGUGGACCGGCCCAGUCAGGAGGUUUUGGAGACGCUGGACUUGGAGCAGGUGCAGCUGGUCUAUAACAGCCGACAUUUCAAAUCGCUGGCUACUGGAGGGAAUGUCUCCCAGGCUCUGGCUUUAGUUGGAGAGAAGGCCUGCUACCAGUCGGUGUCAAGCUAUGCAGGACAGAUUGUCUAUUUGGGCACUAAGUCGUCUCACAUUAUGACUCUACGAAACUGGAGAGAGCGUUUAGACUGUCUGCUGAAACAGGAGCAUUUUGCUGAAGCGCUCACUUUAGCCUGGUCUUUCCAUGAGGGAACUGCUAAAGCUGUGGUUGGCCUGUUUGGAGAUCCGAUAAAAAGGAAGGGAGUGGUAGCUGACAAGAUGGUAGAGAUACUUGGCCAGUUUGCUGAUCACGCUUUGAAGAAGUGUCCAGAACAAGGCAAGAUCCAAGUGAUGGAGCAACAUUUCUAUGAUGUGGUUCCAGUCCUAGUGGAUUACUGCCUGCUGCUACAGAGAGCUGACCUGCUGUUCAGCCAUCUGUAUACUCGCCUGGUGGAGAACACAGUUUCAAAGGGAGUUUUCCUGGAGUCGCUGGAGUCAUACAUUGUUGCUGAUCGCCUUGGUCACUUGACCACACCCAUCCUGAGGGACCUCCUGGCUCAUUACCAUGGCAACGGUAUGAUGGACAGUCUGGAGAGAUGCAUAGUCCAUCUGGAUGUCACCAGCCUCGACAUACAGCAGGUCGUUCAAGUGUGUUGGGAGAAUCAGCUCUAUGAUGCGAUGAUCUACGUUUUCAACAGCGGCAUGAAUGACUACAUUACACCUAUGGAGAAACUAUUUGCAGUGAUUGGACCACCACUUAGGGAGGGGAGAAGCCUAACAGAUGAGGAAGUGGUGAUGGGAAACAAGAUUCUAGUGUACAUAAGCUGUUGCCUAGCAGGAAGAGCGUACCCACUAGGAGACAUCCCUGAAGACCUUGUGAUUCAGGUCAAGAACCAGGUGUUUGAGUUCCUGAUCCGUCUCCACUCAGCUGAUUGGUCAGAGGAGGAGGAGGUUUUCCCCUUUAUUCGUACACUCCUCCACUUUGACACUCGGGAGUUCCUCAAUGUCCUCGCCAUGACAUUUGAAGACUUUAAGAAUGACAAGCAGGCCCUUGAGUACCAGCAGAGGAUAGUGGACAUCUUACUCCAGGUUAUGGUGGACAACCCAGACUUCACACCCUCCCAGGUGGGCGGGCUCUUCACCUUUUUGGCUCGACAGUUGGCCAAACCAGACAACACGCUUUUUGUGAACAGGAAGCUUUUUGAUCAGGUUCUGGAGUUCCUAUGUUGCCCUGACGAUGACUCCCGACACACAGAGAGGCAGCAGGUGCUCCUGGAGCUGCUGCAGGUCGGAGGUGUGGUGCAGUUUAAUGAAGAAAGGUUGUUGGCUUUGGCAGAGAAGGCCAAGUUCUACCAAAUCUGUGAAUUCCUUUACGAGAAGAAACAUCUCUAUGACAGGAUCAUCGACUGCUACCUGAGAGACCCCCUACGAGAGGGGGAGAUCUUCAGCUACAUCCACAAUCUGCUGUCCAUGCCUGGCUACAGCCCUGAAGAGAAACAAACAGUGAAGGAAAAAGUGCUGCAACACAUCCAGGAGCUGGUGACACUUGACCCAAGCAAGUCAGCUGAUGUAGUGCUGUUUCAUUUCACUGAAGAGGUGCAGCUAAUCAUCUCUGAAAUUGAGGAUGAUGAGCUACUUUUCAAGUUCCUCAGCUGCCUCCUGGAGCCCCGGGAAGGGCAUCAUUCAGGGACCGACCUGCCUCUGGAACGUGACCUCCAUGAGCGUCUGCUGGAACUACUGUGCCGCUUUUCACCCCAGCAGCUCCUGAGCUUCCUCCAGACCUCCCAGCACUACAGACUGGAGGAGGCCAUACAAAUAACAGAGAUGCACCACCACAGCGAAGCCACAGCCUAUCUGCUGGAGAGGAAGGGCGACUUUCAUGGAGCCUUUUCUGUCUUGUUAGAGACACUGAAGGAGAAACUGUGUCUCCUCACUGCGGAGAGCGACACAGAAGCAGAAGACAGAGGACAUGAUGAAGUUGUGAGAACCGAUGAUUCAACACUGACCAGAGUAAAGGAUUCACUGAAUGACAUCAUCGCCCUGUGUCAUCGAAGCUCACACAACCUCUACCAGCAACAAAGAGAGGCUCUGUGGUUUCCACUUCUGGAGACCAUGAUGGCUUCUCAGAAACUAGUGAAGGGGUCAAAUCCCAAACACACCUCUGAAGUGUUGAAGGAGCUGACGAUGAAGGUUCUCAACUCUAUGAGCAGCUUCAUUCCUUUGCCUGCCAUCAUCCAACGAAUACUACAGGACCCGGUUUAUGGGAAAGGAAAGCUUGCAGAGAUCCAAGGCCUUAUUCUGGGUAUGCUGGACACCUUUAACUAUGAACAGACUUUACUUGAAACAACCACUAGUCUGUUGAACCAUGACCUCCACUGGUCCCUGGCACACCUCCGUGCUGCUGUCACAAGGGGACUCCACCCACGCCAGGACUACUGUAACAUCUGCCUCCAGCAAUACAAGAGAAGGCAUGAUUCAGCUGAAGAGAUCAUUGUGUUCAGCUGUGGCCACCUGUACCACUUCCAGUGCCUGCAGCAGAAGGACUGUGGGUGGGGCCUUGCCUCAGAGCGGCAGCAGCGCUGGAGCUGCUACAAGUGUUCCUCCAGCCAAGGAGGGAAGGGAGCUUCCACUGAACCAAACAGAAGCCGCAGCACGUCCCUGGCACAGACUCGUGUUACAUCAGUGCAUCAUGAUGCAGGAGCAGACGCUCACAGUAAGAAGGUGUUUGUUGAGGCAUCAUUGGACCUUCAGCAGGAACAGUCCUGGGAUCAGCUACGCUCUUUAUACCGAGGACCCUCAAGGUUAUCCAUCCUUUCAGAGCUCUCCCACUGCCACAGCGAGAAGACGGGGCCUCUGAUCCCGGUCCAACCAGGAGCAGAGAAUUUCCAACUGAAACUCUCUCCUCCACCUCUGUUGGAGGAGUAGCAUCGUUACUGAUCAACAUUUCCAUAAUUUGUCCAGAUUCAAGUAGAAAUUGAAACUUGAAGGAGACUUUCCUGAUAUUUUCAUUGUGAAUUGUAAAUUUCUUUUUUAUUGUGACAAAUUUGAUAUUGUAUAACUGUUAUGUAACUAUAUCAAAAAUUAUUAUUAUUUCAAACAAACUGAAUCCAUUUAUCAGAAUGCCUUUUGUUAUAGAAUAACAAAGUGCUGCAAGUAGAUGCACUAUAUGAAUGUGUGUGUGAAUGGGUGAAUGUGAAACUGUACUGUAAAGCGCUUUGAGUGGUCAACAUCAGACUAGAAAAGCGCUAUAUAAAUACAAAUCCAUUUACCAUUUACCUUUUCCACCAAAAGAAACCGAGUGCUAGUGUUGGUUCAACUUGUAAAGAACCAGGUUGCUUUUCCAUGGGUUAGAGCCGCCUUAAGGCUACAUCAUUGCAUCACCAUAUACGUCACCGUCUACAUCUUUAUGCCUCAACUGUAUAAAUGAACCCACGAACUGGCACUUAUUAUAUGUUAUAUUAAAUGAUAUACAGUAUAUCCAUUAAUUAAUUAAUUUAGUCCAACCUUACUCCAGUUGCUCUCUUCUUUCUCUUUCUCUCUCUGACACACUGACUCUGACUCCCCUCACGUGUUCAUGCUACAGGUUGAUUUGUUUGUAACUACCGCUGCAUUAUCCUUAUCAAUACUUUUCUACAAUGAAUCUUUCUACAGACCUUUCAUUCAUCUUUUUAUCCCCCUGCCUCGUGCACUGACACACACACACACACACACACACACACCUUGUUUUCAGACACACCUGUAAACUCAGAACAACAGAAUUUGGGCUUCACCGACACACUUUUUGCAGAGAGAGGAUUGAGGUGUGAUCAAGUCACAAGUGGAAAUGCAGGCUAGUCUUUCCUCUAGACCAUCACUGAAACACACAGAACAGUUUCCACUGGCUCCCAAUUGGCCCUAGAACUGCCAUGGUGGAAAAGGCUCACAAUAGUGCUUUCACUUUUUACUUAAGAUUCAAUUAUUCACUCGAAGGUGGUGGGAAAGUUUAUAUUCAAGUUCUAAUGAAUCUGUUUUCAUUGCACUAAAUUGUAUUAACAUGACCUUUUAUCAAUACACCAACUUUUUCAUUUCUAUAAAUUUAGAAAAGUAAA